AUGGAUAUUUUGAUUGGAAUCACCACCAAGGACUCGGUGCUUAUUGCGACAUCGAAGUCAGUUGCCAGAGGUGUCUCGGUGAUCAAGACCAAUGAUGACAAGACCAGAGAGCUAACAGACCACUCGCUACUUGCAUUUUCUGGUGAGUCCGGUGAUACGACAAACUUUGCUGAAUACAUUCAGGCCAAUAUUCGACUAUACGGAACGCGAAACGGGUUUGAAAUGUCCAACAAGGCUAUUGCCUCAUUCACUAGAAACGAAUUGGCCAGUGCUUUGCGAUCCAGAAAACCUUAUCAAGUUAACAUUCUUAUUGGUGGAUACGAUGUUAAGAAGAAGAAAGCCACUCUCAAUUGGAUUGACUAUCUGGCAGCCAAUGUUGAGCUACCAUACGCUGCUCAUGGCUACGCUCAAUACUAUGUCCUGUCACUAUUAGAUCGUCAUCACGAUCCCAACAUGACUCAAGAACAGGGUCUUGAGCUAUUAAAAGACUGUAUAAAAGAGUUGCGUCUGAGAAUGCCAAUUGACUUCAAGGGUGUUCAAGUAAAGGUAGUCGACGAGGCUGGUGUGCGCAAGCUGCCGGAAGACUUCUAG